AAUCGUUCACUUUUGUUUACAGAGCUUCCCCUGCUGCCCUGCAGUUAGCAAGUUAUAAUAUUAUGGUGAUUGUAAUGGAAGUAUUGAAUGUACAAGUUCUGCAACAUCGUGCCAGUAGUAAUACUAGUAUAUAGUCACAAAAUCCAGAACAUGACAAUACCCACAGCCGUUGUUCACUUUUGUGUAUUUGGGAGCGUAUUACUAUCACUAUCAGUAUCAGGAACUUGUGAUGCUUUCUACCCAAAGUGCCAUCCGCCUUAUGUAGCCAAUGGAAGGGUAAUGACAGAGUUUUAUAAUCAAGAGUUACAGAUUUGUUUAGCCUGUACUCAGUGUGAGCGUCAUCUGUAUAAGGUCACCAGACGCAACUGCACUGAAGAUCAGGAUGCAGCAUGUGGGACGUGUGUGCCAGGGUCAUUUAUGGUGAUUCGCACUGAUGGCAGCAAGGAUCACAUGUGCCAUCCAUGCACUGAGUAUACAAGAGAAAAAGAACAGUGUAAAAGCUACCCAUUUGCAGAGCCCUAUUUGGUGCCUCCACAGGAGAAGCCGUUGUCUCAAGUGUUUGGAGCGGAGGAGAAGGAGCAUGUUUUGCUUGCGCAUUCUAGCAGGACAUUACUGCUCAUCAUAAUCAUCUCUGUUGCCUUUACCUUUAUGGCCUUGUUAAGCAUUGCCUUGGUCAAGUAUCGGGCAUGGAAACAUGGGAAUCAUGGAGAAGGCAACAUUGAGAUGCAGUCAAGGCCAUGCCGCAUGAUACAAACCGGAUCCGCUGGUCUACUCACUAAUGGAGAGUUAAGUAAUGGCAAUUCAUACAAGACAGGAAAGUGGCAAACAGAUGACAAGGAAGCUCUGUACAAUACCGAAGAAUCGGGGUCCGGUUCAAGGCAAGACAGCAACCUGGAAGAGAUAUCUUAUGUCACGGAUGGAAUCGGCAAACACUGUGACUUCACCAUUGCCCUCCCGCAACGGCACGGGGACGAUUCUAUAAAACCACAACUUAAGUACAGCGGCAAGGUAGAGACACUCUCUUCGGGCGAGUGCACUGACAAGUUGGAAUUGCCCAGCACUAAUGAGUCUGCCGAAAAGCAGGAAAUGCCAACUCCUGCUGAGGGGAGCACUACUGCAGCAAAACUGGAGCCUAUUGAGAGUGACGAACGAGAGUCAACACUUGGCCAUGUUCCGUUGAGAGAUGCAAAAGAGUGUGCUCGAUUUCCCAUUCAAGAGGUUGGAGAUGGGCCGAGUAUACCAAUGACAGAUGCUGAUGAAAAGGAGACGUUACAUUCUACCAACUCAACAGGAGGGUCUCCAUUUAAAAUCAAGUGCCAGGUUCUGCAUUGCCACUUCGAUAAACUAACACAGGCAAGUUUCCUUAGCGACCAGCAGAAGAUCACCAUUGACAGCAACAAUGUAAGCAUCAGCACUGAUGCUAGCACAGCUGUGGGUAUUGACAAGCUUCAGAGCCUUCGUUGUCUUGAAGAUGAGCACUUGUGUGAAGCGUAUGAUGAUGGCUACCAUCCAUACAAGGGGGCAUGGAGUGACGACCCAUAUUCGUAUGUAGACCUCCAGGAGAAGAGCGACAUUGUGGACGAGACUGAGGAAAAAGGGAGAAGGUCUAGGUAAAAUUGAGUAUAAGUGAUAAGAUGAAAAAUUCUGUUCCAGGAGAAAUUGAUUAAUGAUUGGGAUUAUUAAUUUGGGACUUGAAGUGAUUGGUGGUUACCAAAAACGACUAAUGAAGUCGCUGUUUCAUCUCAUAAUAUUGAUACUUAAAAUUUCUGUAAAUUAAUAGUAGUAGUGAUUUGUAAUUACAUUGUAUAUUUUUUAAGUUAUUUUUAGUAAAGGCUAAAAAGGUUUUGUUUAAAACCUAAUCCAGUUUUGUUUAAAAUUGGCUAAAUCUUUGCUACAUAUUAAUAUUUAUAGGUAAAUAUUAAUGAAAAAUUACAUUAAAAUAAUUACUGGUGUGUGGUCGCCCCUAAUACAUAUCCAGUCUUUAAAUAACGAUUUUUUUAAAUAAAUUUUGUACUUCUCUAAAAUAACUUUGUUUUUGAAACAGAAAAAGUUUGUUUUUAGAGUACUUGAAUUUUUUACGAAAAAAUAUUCCAACAAACAACCUUUUACACCAGUCAAUCCUGUCCAGCAUGACGUUUUAAUUGGCAUGUAGCAUGCAUAAAUAUGGUGUGUUGUCAUAACUAAAUUGUAAUGUUUAAAAGUUAUGAUGUAUUCUAGGAUAUAUGCUGGAACAAAAACAAAUACAUGUCGCUAUAAAAACGAAUGCCUAACAAUUAUAAACUAGAAGGCACUCUUUGAGUGCGAAUCCGCCACACACGCGAUCACUACACCUGUGAUAUUUUGUAGGCUGAGGUUGCUACUUCUAAUGGAUGACGUUGACCUUGGUAAAAUAUGACCGAAAAUGAAUACUUGUCAAGGAUUAACAGAGCUGGUAGUCUAAAGUAGAUUAUGGCAUUUCAAUUAUGAUCAAUUAGCUGCUGGAUAGUACACUCAUUUACUGUGUGCGUGCGUGCGUGCGUGCGUGCGUGCGUGCGUGCGUGCGUGCGGGCGGGCGUGUGCGUGUGUGCGUGUGUGCGUACCGUGGUGCAUCUUUGCAACCGUAAGAGGUAGAAACUUCAAACUUGGUCCACAGGUCCAUCUUAUGGGGCAGUAGAACCCUAUUGAUUCUGGUCAAAGUCACAGGGUCAUUAAUUAUAUUUCCAUCGCUGGGUCAUAGCAGACGGACCGUACCAUUGCUAACGCGUGGCGGGGGGGUUCCAGGCGGUAUUUCCAUGCUUGUUGUGUGUUGUGUUGUGUAUGGCAGAGUGUUCUGAUAUAGAUUUAUUUCAAUGCACUGUAGAAUAGCGUUCUGAUAUCACACGUGUAGUGAUCGUGUAUGCGGAGGAUUCGCACUCCCCGAGUGCCUUCUUUCUAGUUCACAAUUGUAGUUGUGUUGUGAUUGCUCAAUUGUGGUUUUGAUGAUUGUUAAAUACAAAACACUUUAAUCUCUCAGGUGUUUCUAGUGUGAGCUGUUGCUUACAUGGUGUGCAAUGUGAUCUACACAGAAACCCCCCACUUCCAGUUUGCUUUUUUAGCUCAUCUGACGAAGUCAGAUGCAGCUUGUAGAAUCGCAUGAUCGUCCGUCCGUGCGUCCG